CCUACCAGCAUGCACUAUUGAUAACCUUUUCUCUUCUGCUUCAACUAUUUUCUGAUCAUUGAACAAACAUUCAGAAAACAAGUAGUAGGCUACUGUUUAUACUGGUAGAGGAAAGUAUCUAUAAGUUGUAUACCGGAUAAUAUUAUUUUGCAAAACAUGCAAUAUGGUUUUAUCAACGAUAUUUUACUCUCGCCUGCUGUUUGUGAUGUCCAUAGUCAUAGCCGUCACAUUGACUAUAAUAAGUAAGAUUGUCAUGGACAAAUUGUUCGGUCCUCAAUAUUAUACUAAUGAGAGUCAAGGUACAGGUAACACAAAUGUACAGAAUAGUUCAGAAACCGUUUGUAAGGGCCAUACAAGUUGUAUAGAGGAUAAUGACUCACAACAAGGAGAGAAAAAUAACCAGAGAAUAAUUGUCAAUACCCACAACAGAUUGAGAGCAACAGUUGCACUUGGUCAGCUUGAGAGUCAGCCACCAGCUCAAAACAUGCAGUUGAUGAAUUGGGAUAGCAAACUAGCUUCAAGAGCACAGUUUUGGGCCGACCAACACAUGUUUAAGCACGAUGAUGAUAGGGGCGAAAAUAUUGGUCAAAACAUGUAUAUUGUUCAUUAUGGAGGUCCACAUACCAAACGGCAUCAUAACUUCACUAAAGUCAUAAUAAGCUGGUAUGGAGAGCAUGUCUUCUACAGAUAUAAAAAGCUUCAGAAAGGAGACUCCAACGAUCGGCGAACUCAAACAGGUCAUUUUACUCAGGUGGUGUGGGCCAACACCAACAAAGUUGGAUGUGGAUUUGCCAGCUUUUUAGAGAAUAAACAAGACCAGAUUCUGUACGUGUGCAAUUAUGCACCAUCAGGUAAUUAUAAAGAAGAGUAUCCGUACAUCAAAGGUGAACCUGAUUGCAAAGCGCAUGGAAUGAUGAACAGUAAUAUAAAAGGACUUUGUACGAAUUCAUAGGCUUCAAAUCUCGCAUGACACAAAUUGGGAUUUGGGAACAUAUUUGUGAUCAACUCCAGAUAAAGAAUAGAGGAUGCAGAUCAGGCUCAAGGAUGUUCUCAAUUCAUACUAUUCUUGCAUGUUUAAUAAAUGCCAUGAUAUUAUAUGGAUCGAUGUAUUUCUAUAAUUAUUUUCAGCUUUGGCCUCAAAUUUAUCUAUUUAUUUUUAUUUAUUACAAUAUUACAAAAAGUAACAUUAGGUACACAUAAUGCAAGCUCUUUAGAGCAUGACCGCAUAUGGGAGUAUCGAAUGUAAAUAACAUAUAAAUUAUUAUGAAUUACAUGUGAUAGUAAAAUGGAAUAUUAAGAAAAAAAUAUAUAUUUAUUUAGCGUACUAUGAGUGACUCAAUUCCACAGUAGGCUCUACUGUACAUAAUAUGUACCGU